CUCUCUCUCUCGAUCGAUUAUAUAAAGCAACAGUGUCUCAGGAUUAGCACUUGGACUUGGACCCUUGUCGUCUCUGAUUCUUGUUUUGAAUAAGGCAAAAAUUGCACAUACAGACGAGAAGAAGCGGAAAGAAAAGAAGAAGCAGCCCAGCCGAAGCAAACGGAAAGACAUUUGCUGAGAGGUGAAAAGAGGGUUAACUGUUCUUGAGAUGGGUAGACCACCAUGCUGUGAUCAAAAUGGGGUCAAAAAAGGUCCGUGGACUCCUGAAGAGGACAUCAUACUGGUGACUUACAUUCAGGAACAUGGACCUGGGAAUUGGAGAUCCAUUCCUACCAAAACAGGGUUGCUCAGAUGCAGCAAGAGUUGCAGGCUUAGGUGGACUAAUUACCUAAGGCCAGGCAUCAAAAGAGGCAACUUCACAGAUCAGGAGGAGAAGAUGAUCAUCCACCUUCAAGCUCUUCUGGGCAAUAGAUGGGCUGCCAUAGCGUCAUACCUUCCUCAGAGAACAGACAAUGACAUAAAAAAUUACUGGAACACCCAUCUCAAGAAGAAGCUCAAGAAACUAGAACCAAGCGCUGAUGAAGAUCCAACUCCAAUGUCUAGAGGUCAAUGGGAAAAAAGGCUCCAAACGGACAUUCAGUUGGCCAGACAAGCUCUAUGUGAUGCCUUGUCUCCCGAAAAGCCCUUUGCGUCAUCCGAUCUCUCUGAAGCCAAACACAAGCCUUUUCCUGGAUCUUCUGUUUCAUCAAAACCUAUCCAAACACCGAUGACUAAUUACCCGUCGAGCACCGAUAACAUAGCUAAGUUGCUCAAGGGAUGGACGAAAGAUCCAGCAAAGCAGGCUCGGAGAAUGUUGUCAGCAGAUUUAAGCAUGACCGAUUCUACAUCUUCGGGAGGAGGGACGUCGAGCAAUGGGACUGAGGUAUCCGAUAACGCAUUUGAGUCACUGAUUAAAUUGGAGCCGUUGGAUUCUUCGACUUCUGGUUUCUCCAAAUCCUUGUCACCCGAGAUUGACCGUCUCCAAGAUGAGAGUAAGCUGAGGUUUGGCGGCGACGACCAGGAGCAAUUGUCAUUGCUUUUUAAUUGGCUGUUUGACGAAGCAGGGAAAGAGCAACUUUGUGAUCUUCCAAUGGCUGAUAAUGCAGAUUCUUUCUGACGUGCUUUAGUCCUUUUCCAGCUUCAUGAUUAUGACUCGAUUCAUCAUUUAUUUUUCCUAUCUUCAUUUUGGACUUCAGUUAUUACAAUUGCUCCAUUCUUCGGGUAUGUCCUAUUUUGUGCUAAAUCAUGAGUGUAAAUCUUUGACGAUAUCAUUCAUGU